AUGAUGCUACCUAGGAUGGAUAUUGACUUUGUCUGGGAAUUUAGAUUUGGGUGUUCACAUAGGCUGGGCUUUGCUCCUUGUGAUGACCCGGAAUCAACCCAUUUAGAAAAAUCCACCUGGACAGAUUCAAAGGUGGCAGAGUCAUUAUCAAAGUACUGCAUUUUGUUACACAUCUUAGGUGGUAGUACCGAUGCAGCACAAUUUUCUGCUCUAUACCCGCAGAAAUCUGUCCCUUGUAUAACAGCUAUUGGAUACAAUGGUGUUCAGCUCUGGCAAAAAGAUGGCUUUGUCAGUGCUGAAGAUCUGGCAUCCAGUCUUGAGAAGGCAUGGUUGGGUCUUCAUAUCCAGGAGACAACUGCAACUCUCCUGACUGCUGCACUUGCUUCAAAGAAAUCAGAAGUUCCUUCUGGGGCUUGUGAUGCUGCUGCAUUUGAGCAAGGAAGUUCUUCAAGGACAAAUAUUCCUUCAUCGUCAACAGACAAAUUGGUCCAUUCCUCGGAGGCUACACCAUUGCUGAUUUCUGAAGAUGCCAUCGAGGAGCCAAAUUCCAAACUGGGUGAGGAGGUAUCUCCUGAAUCAGAUAUUGCCUGCGAAUCAGAAAGUAAGGUGUUUGAAUAUUCGUCUUCGACUGCAACAGAAAUAGAACAAGUUCAUCCUGUGGAUCUAAAUUCAACUCACUCUACAAUUGGUCACCAAGUCGAAGAUGAAUUUCCUGCCCCAGAAGAGAGCUUAAAUGGGGCUGAUCAUAAGUCAAAAGUUAGCAUGGAGGCUUCUGAAUUGAUUGCUAAUGAAGCAAGUGAAGCUGUACCGGGUAGAAAGGCUGAAACUGUAGAAGUAGAGAAAAUUGAUGUUUCAGACUCUUCUACGAGUAAAUCAAAUGAAGUUCAUAUAAAUAUAAGAUUGCCUGAUGGUGGCAGUCUUAAAGAAAGGUUUUCCGUGAUGAGCACUUUAAGAAUGGUCAAAGACUUUGUGGAUGAAAACCUAGAAAGCAGCAUCGGCUCUUAUGAUCUAGCCAUUCCUUAUCCUCGCAAGGUAUUUGGUGAUCAAGGUAUGAACUUCAAGUACCCUGGUGGCCCGCCCGUAUUACUUCAGCUCAAGUUAUAG